AGCAGACUAAAAUGUUUGUUUUAUAAUUGCCCGCUGAACUAUGAUAGUUUGUUUCCAGAUGGUGCCCUUCCUUCAACCUGCACACAAUCUCUCCUUGUUCGAAACUAUUCAACCUCCUGCUGAUCCCACCCCCCUAUUUAAGGCUACAAAGAGGAAAUCCUAAGGAGGAGAUUCCCGCCCCCAGUCUCCAGCAAUUUUUGGUGAUGUAAUAUGUGGGCUGAACUUGAGUCUACUGAGAAAGAGGGAAUCACUAUUCAGGGGUACUGUAUAUACAAUCUGGGUCAGCUGCAGCUGGUUACUGCAUUUCUCCAUGUGGCAGACAGAGCAAAGCCACAACGCUUUCUCUGCUGGAUUAAAGACGGCCCACAGACCAGAACUUCCACUAUACUACUUAAAAUUACAUAGGUGGCUUGUCAAAUUCAAUUGAUUAGUAUUGUAAAAGGAAAAAGAAGUUCCUUCUUACAGCUUGGAUUCAACGGUCCAAAACAAAAAUGCAGCUGCCAUUAAAGUCACAGAUGAACAAACUUCUACACUGAUUUUUAAAAUCAAGAAUAAGGGCAGCAAGUUUCUGGAUUCACUGAAUCAACAGACACAAAAAGACAUCAUUUUACAACCUCAUUUCAAAAUGAAGGCUUUUACCUGGACCCUAGGUGUGCUAUUCUUCCUACUAGUGGACGCUGGACAUUGCAGAGGUGGACAAUUCAAAAUUAAAAAAAUAAACCAGAGAAGAUACCCUCGUGCCACAGAUGGUAAAGAGGAAGCAAAGAAAUGUGCCUACACAUUCCUGGUACCUGAACAAAGAAUAACAGGGCCAAUCUGUGUCAACACCAAGGGGCAAGAUGCAAGUACCAUUAAAGACAUGAUCACCAGGAUGGACCUUGAAAACCUGAAGGAUGUGCUCUCCAGGCAGAAGCGGGAGAUAGAUGUUCUGCAACUGGUGGUGGAUGUAGAUGGAAACAUUGUGAAUGAGGUAAAGCUGCUGAGAAAGGAAAGCCGUAACAUGAACUCUCGUGUUACUCAACUCUACAUGCAACUAUUACAUGAGAUUAUCCGUAAGAGGGAUAAUUCACUUGAACUUUCCCAACUGGAAAACAAAAUCCUCAAUGUCACCACAGAAAUGCUGAAGAUGGCAACAAGAUACAGGGAACUAGAGGUGAAAUACGCUUCCUUGACUGAUCUUGUCAAUAACCAAUCUGUGAUGAUCACUUUGUUGGAAGAACAGUGCUUGAGGAUAUUUUCCCGACAAGACACCCAUGUGUCUCCCCCACUUGUCCAGGUGGUGCCACAACAUAUACCUAACAGCCAUCAGUAUACUCCUGGUCUGCUGGGAGGUAACGAGAUUCAGAGGGAUCCAGGUUAUCCCAGAGAUUUAAUGCCACCACCUGAUCUGGCAACUUCUCCCACCAAAAGCCCUUUCAAGAUACCACCGGUAACUUUCAUCAAUGAAGGACCAUUCAAAGACUGUCAGCAAGCAAAAGAAGCUGGGCAUUCGGUCAGUGGGAUUUAUAUGAUUAAACCUGAAAACAGCAAUGGACCAAUGCAGUUAUGGUGUGAAAACAGUUUGGAUCCUGGGGGUUGGACUGUUAUUCAGAAAAGAACAGACGGCUCUGUCAACUUCUUCAGAAAUUGGGAAAAUUAUAAGAAAGGGUUUGGAAACAUUGACGGAGAAUACUGGCUUGGACUGGAAAAUAUCUAUAUGCUUAGCAAUCAAGAUAAUUACAAGUUAUUGAUUGAAUUAGAAGACUGGAGUGAUAAAAAAGUCUAUGCAGAAUACAGCAGCUUUCGUCUGGAACCUGAAAGUGAAUUCUAUAGACUGCGCCUGGGAACUUACCAGGGAAAUGCAGGGGAUUCUAUGAUGUGGCAUAAUGGUAAACAAUUCACCACACUGGACAGAGAUAAAGAUAUGUAUGCAGGAAACUGCGCCCACUUUCAUAAAGGAGGCUGGUGGUACAAUGCCUGUGCACAUUCUAACCUAAAUGGAGUAUGGUACAGAGGAGGCCAUUACAGAAGCAAGCACCAAGAUGGAAUUUUCUGGGCCGAAUACAGAGGCGGGUCAUACUCCUUAAGAGCAGUUCAGAUGAUGAUCAAGCCUAUUGACUGAAGAGAGACACUCGCCAAUUUAAAUGACACAGAACUUUGUACUUUUCAGCUCUUAAAAAUGUAAAUGUUACAUGUAUAUUACUUGGCACAAUUUAUUUCUACACAUAAAGUUUUUAAAAUGAAUUUUACCGUAACUAUAAAAGGGAACCUAUAAAUGUAGUUUCAUCUGCCGUCAAUUACUGCAGAAAAUUAUGUGUAUCCACAACCUAGUUAUUUUAAAAAUUAUGUUGACUAAAUACAAAGUUUGUUUUCUAAAAUGUAAAUAUUUGCCACAAUGUAAAACAAAUCUUAGCUAUAUUUUAAAUCAUAAAUAACAUGUUCAAGAUACUUAACAAUUUAUUUAAAAUCUAAGAUUGCUCUAACGUCUAGUGAAAAAAAUAUUUUUAAAAUUUCAGCCAAAAUAAUGCAUUUUAUUUAUAAAAAUACAGACAGAAAAUUAGGGAGAAACCUCUAGUUUUGCCAAUAGAAAAUGCUUCUUCCAUUGAAUAAAAGUUAUUUCAAAUUGAA